AUGUUUUCGGAGCACUCGCCGCCCACCGACCCAGCGUACGUCUCAAUUGUCUUCUUGUUGCUUGAGGUCGAGGUGAAAUCCGUUGGGAGUUUCAGCUUAAUCUCGGACUCCUGCUUCGAUUAGAGCUGUUUUUGAUAACUCUUGAAAGGAAGAGCCGGAAACGGUUAAAAAAGGAAAUCUUGUUACUUCUAGAAAUUAAUUUUCUUAGAAGGGCUUGAAACCAUCCAGAUAACUUUUUGAGAAUCCGCCUGAUAAUUUUUCCCCCCUGAUGGAUCAGUCGUUUUUCGUUCUGCUUUUGCGUCUUCAUUUUUUUUUUUACUCGUAAUCUUUCUUAUGAAUCAUGAGAAUAUCUUCCCGAGUGGAGGUCUGAUGCGGAAAAAAAAGAAGUCGGUAAGCGAAGAAACGGAAAGGAAUCUCGGCUCGGUUGGCACGUAAUUUGAUACUCUUUAUCGCCUUCUUUUUCGACACUUCGCGUCUACUUUGUUUUUCACGGUCUCAUGUUUGGAAAAUUCGAAUUUCUGAUUUUCCUGAGUCUUUAUCAGAAUUAAAAUUUAGACUAGCUAUUUUCUUGUUGUUUUAUCUCACUUUUCAAAAACGAAAAAAAUUCGGUUCUGCGCGAAAAAAAUGAUAAGUAUGCGAAAAUUUCCUUGAAAAAUACAAAAACUUUUUUUAUUCAUUUUUAUCUGUUUUUUUUCUCGCAGUAAAAACGGCGUCAGUUUUCUCAAAUAAAGUUUCAGAGAUCUUUCUAGAUUCUAUAAACUGUCAACUCUUAAGCGGAGCCUUCACGUUAGCUGUGGGUCGCGUUUGUCCUCAACAUACAAUUUUUCUUUUUAUUUUUCAAAAAAGAUUUUUUAGUAUAGUUUUCAAGCAAAAAUUAUGGCGUGUCUAUCGGAGAAACGGAACAUGUUUCAAAACGAGAAAGUUUUUUUUUCAUCGGUUCCCCAAAGUUGCUCCAAAAUAGUACGAAUUUUUGUUUCGAAGCAUUUACCUUUUGUCCGAAGAACACGCCAUUACUAUUUCACAGUGUUCCCAAACGAGCGGCAGCUGUGGUCAGUGGGCGUGGCUGACUGCAACAGCGGCCCGGUUUAUUGCAAUAGGGGCGCGGGGAUGAGAGUCAAGUUUUGUGGAUUUAGUGGUUGGAAAAAGACCAUUAAAUGAUGUUUUUCCUAGGUUCUCGCAAGUUUUUCAAAGAUUUUUUUAAUGUGUAUAUAAUUAUAACGAACAAAUUUAAAUGAAGAAAGAGACGAAAAAAAGUUUUUUUGCAAAAACAAAAAUAUCUCCCAAAAAUGUCGUUUUUUUAGGAAAAACUCGUCAAAUCGAACUUCCAAAGGGAAAAUGGAGAAAAAAAGCUCACAGCACUUCUCUUAAGAAAUACCAUUUGAACGUUUUAAAAACAAAAAAACAGAUACAUAAUAGCUUGUACGAAUAAAGCUGUCACCCAAAAGGACAUUUUCAAGAAUAAAUUCGUCGAAUACUGCCUCGAAAAAUUUCGAGAAAAAAAUCUCACAGCGUUUCUCUUAAGAAAGUCCAUUUGAAAAUUCUAAAAACAAAAACAAACGAAAUAUCUUAUGCGAAAUAAGUUGUCAUCAAAAAAAUGUCAUUUUAAUGCAAAUUUCUGUGACGAGAACAAUCGAAAAAUCACUUCAAAUCUCUGGAAAACGCGAUAAACACGUUUUAAGAACACAUACAACGUGAAAAAAUACGAAAGAAUGGUAAAAUACGCAAGAAAAAGAGAAAAAACCGUAUUAAAAGUGAAUGAAAUUUUGUGGGGGUGACACGCGCCGCACCGCGUUGCGUUAGAAAAAACUCGCGUUUUCGCCCCAUUGCGACGACCUUUUUUUUGGCUUGCCGCCGUCUCUUUUGGAACACUGUGUAUUUGACGGAUGCUUUUUUUAGAGUUCUCGAUUUGGUUGUCAAAAACUGUUAGAAAAUUAUUGGCAUCACUUCCAUCAUUGAAAUUGAUUUUAUUCAUCGCUUUCUCCGUGCAAUAUGCACAUAAAAAAGUCAUUCUUUUUUUUUGUAGCUAGUUAAAAAAAAUGAGAAACUUUUCUUUAUUAAAAUGUUUCUUGAAAAAUUGCUUGAAUUUGUGAAUUUUGACGCGAUAUUUUGAUGGUUUUGUAGGCGAACAUCAUUUUCACAGGUGCUACGUGCCAUCUGUUGUUGUUCGAAAUGUCUUUUUUUAUUUUCAAGAGGUUGAAUUCAAGGUUUUUUUUUUCUCAAUCUUCUGACUUUGCGACGUUUUCUUCGUGCCUCACAGAGGUUUUUUCUUCGAGUUUAAAAUGAAUCUAGGACAUUUUAAUUCAGUUAAAGUUGUUUUAGAAGAAGUGGCGCCGCCCAGAUGGAAGCCGUGUCGGCGACCUCUUCGGAGGCUUCGUCGGAGAAGAAUUCGCGGGAUUGGACCGAAGACUGGCUUCUGCCGACGCCCGACGUCGUUCCUCCAGACAUCCACGUCAUCCAUUCUUGCUCUCCAUCGCCGUCGGGAUUCUUCCGAAGUUUGUCAAUUUAG